AUGGCAUCUUUGCUCUUACCGGGAGGCAGGACGACGCAUUUCAGAUUUGCUAUACCACUCUCAUUGAAUGAAGAUUCCACAUGCAAUAUAUCGCAAGGCAGUGACCUUGCCGAGCUUAUAAUAAAGAGCAAACUGAUAAUAUGGGACGAAGCACCAAUGAUGCACAAACACCGUUUUGUGGCUUUGGACAAAACCAUGAGUGAUAUAUUGAGGUUUGCCAUACAUGGUAGUGCUGAAAAGACAUUUGGUGGAAAGAAGGUAGUUUUGGCGCGGGUAUUGAGGCUCACGAAGAACUUGAGAUUACGAAGCUUAGCUUCAGAUGAAGAUAAACAGACGGUUAAUUGGUUUUCAAAAUGGAUUGCAGACAUCGAAGGUGAGAUUACAGGGGUUGUAAACGACGGUUUGUCUGAGAUCGAUAUUCCAGUACAGUUUCUAUUGAAGUGUAGACCUGAUCUCAUAGCAACUAUAGUGGAAAACGCCUUCCCAAGCGCGAGAUAUGGCAUGCUUGAUGAGUCGCACCUAGAAGGCCGAGCGAUCCUCUCACCGACUUUAGAUGUCGUUGAUCAAAUUAAUCAGUACAUGUGCGACAUGAAUACUGCAGAAGGUCGAACGCAUUUAAGUUGUGACUCUUUGUGUAAGGCAGAAUCAGACGAUGAAAAUCUAUCAGAAAGUGCUUUUGAAGUUGAAGUGGAUUGGAUUAGAUUGCUUUUGAAGUUGAAGUGGAUUGGAUCAUUGGAUUUUGCCAGUGUAUGGGAGGGUGAAUUCUGUGGAUCAGGUAGAGGGUUGGGGGCUGGAUUGUGA